GUGUUGCGGGACUUUAUGAUUAUGGUCCUCCCGGCUGCGCCCUUCAGUCUAAUAUUCUCGAUUUAUGGCGCAAACAUUUCGUGUUAGAGGAGGAAAUGCUUGAAAUGGAUGGUGCAAUUAUUACACUAGCUGAUGUUUUAAAAACAUCUGGCCAUGUGGAUAAAUUUAGUGAUUGGAUGGUUAAAGAUAAAAAGACUGGUGAUAUUUUUCGUGCUGACCACCUAGUUGAAGCUGUUCUAGAAGCAAGGCUAGAUGGUGAUAAACAAGCUAAUUUAGAAUUGACUGGAAAUGAUGCAAAAUCUCAAAAGGAUAAAAAGAAGAAAAAGGGUACAAUUCAACCUAUUGAUAAUUAUACUGGUACGGAACUUGGGGAAAUUAUAUGUAAACAUAAUAUCAAAAGUCCCGAAACGGGUAAUGAUUUAACCGAACCAGUCGAGUUUAAUUUAAUGUUUGAGAGUAGUAUUGGACCCACUGGACAUUUAAAAGGCUACCUUCGACCGGAAACUGCACAAGGCCAAUUUCUUAACUUUAAGAAAUUUCUUGAAUUUAAUAAUGAUAAAAUGCCUUUCGCUUCCGCUUCUAUUGGUCGUUCUUUCAGAAACGAAAUUAGUCCAAGAUCUGGUCUUCUCCGGGUUAGAGAAUUUACGAUGGCUGAAAUCGAACAUUACGUAGAUCCUAAUAACAAGAAACAUGAUCGUUUUGAUGAAGUAAAAGAUGUUAAGCUUUCAUUGCUGCCACGAUACAUACAAAGUGAAGGUAAAACUGUACCAAUCGAAUUACCUAUUGGUGAAGCUGUUGAAAAAAAAAUUGUAGACAACGAAACUCUCGGCUAUUUCCUUGCUCGCACACAUUUAUUUUUAACUAUGCUUGGUAUCAAAUGCGAUAGACUUCGCUUUCGCCAACAUAUGCCUAAUGAGAUGGCACAUUAUGCUUGCGAUUGCUGGGAUGCAGAAAUUCAAAGUAGCUAUGGAUGGAUAGAAUGUGUCGGUUGUGCCGAUC